AUGGUCGAUGCGGCGUCUUCCGAGAUCAGAGGCUAUGUCGACUGGGCAGAGGCAGAGCAGCUGCCGCUCGGGAUCAGCUUAUACGGACUCGAGCAUCUCCUGGGAUAUCUCGACAACGAUCCUGGGACGAAGAAGCCAGUCUUCACAUAUUAUGCACAGGCCGAGGAGCUUCGGGUAUUGUUCUGGGAAAGCCUGCAGCGCCACGUACAUGAGAUCAAUUCUGAUACUGUCCGCCACGCCAUAGAAAUCGCUGCUCAGCUUGGCAUCUUGCUCUGGCAUGGCUUCGCAUGGGAUGACGGCAGGAUCGAUCGAGUCGUGGACCCCGAGCAUGACGCUGUAGAGGUGGGAUACUUGCAGGAGUUCUUGCGUGUGCAGGCAGAGCCGUCAAGGCGGGACUCGGCCAUCGUCCAUGGUCCUGCCGCUGGUUCAAGCUGA